ACUAACUUUUUUUAUGAGGACGUCGUACCCGCAUUUUUGUCUCCGUCUUACACACGUACGACAUAGACAAAACGAGUUUAUGCAGUCCACGUAGAACUCGCUCAAUUUUGGUUCUAUAGUAAAUAUACCUAUUAUUAAAUUAAAAGAUUGUAAUAUUUGGGAGGUCAAGAAGCUGAGUUUUUUCCAUUACUCCCAAUAUAACGUGCAUUAUAAUUUUUAAAAUUAGCAAAAAUUUCAAAAUUUUAAAUUAUCUUAACUUUUAUAAAUUAAAAUAUUUUUUAAAAAAACUCAGAUUCUUGUCCUCCAAAAUAUUAUCAUCUUUUAAUUUUAUAAUAGGUAUAUUUACUCUAAAACAAAAAUUGAGUGAAUUCUACUCAGACUGCAUAAACGCGUUUUGUCUAUGUCUCAGACAUAGUCACUAUGUACUACAAGUGUAAGACGGAGACAACACAACGAGUAUGACCACCUCUUAAUACAUUAAUUAUACAAUAAAAUUACGAUAAUUUUUUUCUUACAAUAUUGAAUAUAAUAUAUUAAUAUAUAUAAUAUUCUUCAUGGCACGCUCGAAAAAAAAGUGAUUUUCCAUUCUCAAUAAACACACGUUUCAAUAUUUUCAUCUGCUUAUCCUCAACAGUUCUAGACGACGACAACGUCAAUGUAUCCGGGCGGAAACGGAACUAAUUCCAGGUCGUCGAGAUUUACCGCGCAUGCUGCUGUUCAAUUGCAACGGUAUUACAAUAAGCCAGCGUACAUGCGCUAUGGUGAAGCUGACAGUCAAAAGCUCGAAGUUCAGAGCCACGAAAAUAGCGAUCCCCUCAUACAACGCGUCCGCAAAACAUUUCCUAGGUGUAACAUCAAUAUCAUACACCGAGUCAACGCCCCGCAAAUGUACGGCAUGUAUUUGUUGCGAAAAGAAGAAAUGCAGUUGACUCCCGAAUACUGCAGGGAAAUUAUUCUGUAUCACGUAACCACUAAAUCUAGAGCAUUAGAGUCGUUGAUAAGUGGACUUGACUGGCGACGCACCCGGCGUUCCAAGUUUGGACGCGGUGUGUCGUUCAGCGACGAUGCUGACUACGCCAACUAUUAUGCCGACAAUUUUCCCAAAGAAGACAAACGAGUGAUCAUCGUGUGUACUGUGCUGGUGAAAAAAACCCAUUCUGUAUCUGGCAAACCCAACGAUAAGAAAUUAAUGAUACCGCUCGGUACAGCUGACACGACGGUGAGCACAAACGGCCGCGUGUACGUCAAGUACAACGACUAUGAUUUCUAUCCGAUGUACCUUAUGUACUACCAGCGGACACCGGAACUCAUAAACGAAAGCAAAUACUUCCGUAUCAAUCCCAAUAAUAGAAUACAGCAAAACCAUCUGGUGGCGCAGCAAAAAGAACUGCAGGCACAGCGAGAGGUACAGGAGGCACAGCGUCGUCGAGAGUUGCAGGCGCAGCGGUAUUUAGAGCAAGUGCCCCGCCAGAGGCAAGUGUGGGAUCAGGAGCGUCGCCGUCAGCUACUGUUGGAGCAGGGACAUUAUCAGCAAGUACAAGCGCCACGUUCACAGGAUCAGACACGGCGGCACGAAAGUAGCUCCGACUUUUAUAUAAUCUCCCUGAUGAUCGUGUUUUUUUAUGUAUAUUGUUAUAAUUAUUAUUAUAAACUCUAAAUAUUAAUACAUUUUUUUCGCAUCGUAUACCGAAAUCUUUUCCUGUGAUUUUGCUGUACAUAUAAUAUAUAUUAUUUAACAUUUA